CGCAACCGAGAGGGGGCUAGGGGAGAAAAACAAGAUGGCGAUCGAGUUGGAAGCAUUUCCAAUGAAGAUGUAAACUUUCGCUAAAAUGUACUUCCCUAUUGGCUGGCCCAAAUAUUUCUCGCCAAAAGGAGUACAAUGCGGAGAUCUUUUAGGCUUGAAGUUCAACCGGGACCGCUCCUUGCUGGCAGUUAUCUCGAGCCAUAGUGUAUGCCUUUGGAACAACAGGCCAAGAGUUCUAAUUGUCACUUGCCGAAGAUCCCCUGCGUCCCUGAGGGAAGUUGGGACUUAUUUGUCUCUCGUUUGGAAACCUGACUCAUCUGCACUAGCUUUGACUACCUCAGAAGGAAAGAUUGUUUUUAUAGAGUUACAAAGAAGUGAUGGCCAAUAUGUGUACAACAUGCCACAAAUAUACAGCGGGCAUGGCCAUCAUACUUUAAAAGGGGGACAGAACUGUGUUCCUGCAAUCAAGCUGAUUGAAGUGAACAUCAUAACAAUAUCCGGUGGAGUGACAAGUGUCUCUCCACUAAGAGAUGAACUGUUUGUGUGUAGCGGGAACGGACUCCUCCAACGCUUUACUUGGGACGGUCUUAUAGAAGCUGAGGAGACUAUACCUAUACAUUCCAUACCAUUCACCAAUGACUUUGAAAGUGCAAGAGCCGUCCCUUUGGAUCAUGAGGGAGUGUGCUUCAGAGCAAUGGAAUACAGCCCUCUUCUUGGAGGCUUUGCUGUCGUCCUGGCAGAUGGGAGGGGUGGAUUUCUCUCGGCUGAGUCUGCUAACUUUGAACCUUCAGAGGUGAUUGGAGUUUGGGCAAAAGAUUUAACCUGUGCAACAUGCUGUGCUGUGAAUCACAGAUAUCGACUUAUUGUUUUUGGAUGUACCAAUGGUGAAAGUCAUGUCUAUGGCUUUGAUGACCUCACUGGUGGACUGAUACUCUCACACAAACUUCUUCUGUCUAGCAAAGAUUAUCCUGAUGCCAUACAUAGUACCGGUGGUGUCCAGUGCCUUGCCUGGACGCCUGAUGGUAGUGCGAUAGCCGUGUCGUGGUCCUGGGCAUCGCAUGGUGGCCUGGCACUCUGGAGUGUCUUUGGCUCUCUACUCAUGUGCACUUUAGGAGGAGAUUAUGGGAAAUCCCAGGAAGCAUUUCUUCACAACCCCUUUCAUGUGAAAUCAAUGGCUUGGGGUGCCGAGGGCUAUAACCUCGUCAUGGUUUCUGCUGAGGAAGACAAUGGAAGCACUGGUGAUAUUAUGCAGUUGCAGUUUGUGAAGAGCACACUAGCAGUCAACCCGUGUAUGAGCAAUCACAACCACCUAUUUCUGCAAAGUGAGGAAUGUCUGUAUCUCAAUACUGGGGACAUGGUUAGCGACUCUGCUGAGAAUUUCCGCAAUUGCCAGGGGACCGGUGGUAGCACCAGCCCUUUGAUGACGUCAUCAGUUGGGCCCAGUACUCUUGUCAGCAAUAAGCAAUGGGUCGUCAUUCAGAUUCCUAUGAGCUACUUGGAAGCAAACUGGCCUGUUAGGUAUGCUGCUGUUGAUAAGUCUGGUAUACACGUAGCGGUUGCCGGCAAAGCUGGGGUUGCACACUAUGCCCUCAACACCCGCCGCUGGAAGCUAUUUGGGAAUAUCUCACAGGAGCAAAGCAUUACGUGCCGCGGUGGGCUUGCAUGGUGGAAGGAUUUUCUAAUUGUUCCCUGCUAUAAUUUUAACUCUACCAACGAUGAGGUUCGUUUCUACCCUCGCAUCAAUAACCUUGACAAUGCCUUUGCUACGCAUGUCAGGCUAGCAGCGCCCGCUUUCCUCGUUAACGUGUUCCGAGACUUGCUCCUCGUGUACAGCUCAGAUUGCCGAGUGCUUUUCUACUCCAUGGAGAGGUCGCAGACAGGACCGAGCUCUGCAUCGAUACAAGUGACUAGGUUACAGGAGUUCUCACUUGUCAACCACGUGCCCCAUCCUCUCUCUGUCAUCCAUCUGACCCUGACGUCACGUUACCAUGGUAACUCAGAGGUUGAUGGCGUGGAUGGUCUGGGCGGAGUUGAGGCUCUAAUAGCAAACGUCGGAGGUUGGCUUCUCAUGCUCCAGAAGGAUAAAGCCCUAGCUGACAAGGAGAAAAAGUCCAAAAAGGUAUCCUUUAGCUCACCAGUCGUGCUGGCUUCCUGUGUCGAAAACUGCUGGACCUCGUCCACCUCAUGCCCAGACAAACGGCACUUGAUGGAAGCCCUGUGGCUAGGCUGCGGUGCUCAAGGAAUGAAGGUCUGGCUUCCAUUGUUUCCGGGCAAUGACCAAAGACCACCGAAUUUCUUGUCAAAGCGGAUCAUGCUGCCUUUCCAACUAAAUAUAUACCCAUUGGCUGUUCUUUUCCAAGAUGCUGUUGUCCUUGGCGCCGCUAAUGAGCCGAUGCCGCUUGAUUGCUUAUCACCGAACCCUGCAUCUUUAAGCCCGCAGCCAUUCCCGUUUUGUACGCUGGAGAGAACGACACAAGUAUACCUUCAUCAUGUUCUACGACAGCUUUUGCGACGCAAUUUGGGUCAGCAAGCCUUGAAGAUCGCAAAUACAUGUACGGACCUGCCGUACUUCCCUCACGUGCUAGAACUGAUGCUGCAUGAGGUACUGGAGGAGGAGGCGACGGCUUCUGAACCCAUUCCAGACGCACUUUUACCGCGUGUUGUGGAGUUUAUCCAGGAGUUCCCACAGUAUCUUGAAACUGUAGUGCACUGUGCCAGGAAAACUGAAGUAGCGCUAUGGAGCUAUCUGUUUUCGGCCGUCGGCAAUCCUAGGGAUCUGUUUAAGGAAUGCCUCUCUUCAGGACGUCUGGAAACGGCAGCAUCUUACCUCAUUAUUCUUCAAAAUCUUGAGAAGCCUUCCGUCAGUAAACAACACGCAACUAUUCUACUCGACAAAGCCCUGGAACUCAGCAGAUGGGAAAUCUCCAAAGACCUGGUUCGAUUCCUGAGAUGUAUCAGCGACGGUGAACUCGACUCACCACCGCGGACCCCCACGUCCGUCAAGCCACUACAUUCCCCACCCCACUCCCCUGUGUCUUCCGUCGACGGUGAGGAUAUGAACAUGCCGUAUGCCGUAACGGGACAAAAUCGCGGGUCAAAGCCCUCAUCCCGCGGGACGUUAUCGAGGGGACCCUCUUUAGAUAAGACCUACCUUAUGCGGACGCCGUCAAUGGAUAAGGCACCGAUUUCCAAGGGGAGCAGUAUUGCUGAUAAACAGCGAACGAAGUCCGCUACUUCUACUUCUUCUGCUGACUUGAGUCAAGGCGCCCAUAUGGACACACCGGAAAACUACUUCAUCGACACAAUCCUCAGUAGACAUGCGCGGCUAUUGGUCUCAGCCAAUCGGCUGCGAGAUCUUGGACGCUUUGCUGCCUAUGUGGAAUUCCCAUUGGUUCCUUGGCUCGUUAAGGAAAGGAAUCGUGCGUCUCGAGUGGAAGGUUUCGUGUCCACUCUUAUCGACGUUCACAAUCAGUUCGACCUUCCUUUGCCAUCGGUCAGCCAGACGUCCACGCCUCCCUUAUCACCGAAAUCAUGGGCACGCGGCAAUCGUUUACCGUCAUCUGCGUCCUCCUUCAGCAGUUUUCCCAGCAGCCAAAAAGAAGAGGCGGAACAGAAGGACCUUGAAACUGCAGAAGACGUCGAGGAAGUCGCCCAUCUUCACCCACAAAAAGUGGAUGACCUUGGUCGUUUGAGUGGGGCGCCAUCGGAGGCAAGCUCUGUGAUAUGUUCGAUGGAUGGCGACGAGGAUUCGGUGUGGGGUGGGGAGGAGCUUGGAUAUAUUGACAUCAACGAGGUCGAAGCACGACUUGCGUUUAUUGGAUCACAGCGGGCACUAGACCAGAUACGAUUCCUAAUUCGGGAGUUCAUCGAAGCCGCGUGCUACGAUUGGUGGUUCCUGUUAGGAAUGAUAUUGCGUGACAGUGGUCUUGUCACACAAUGCUUAGAGAAGGCGACAAGCCUCAGUGACAUCACACUUGAGUCUGCUAGCAGAUUGCAUGAUGGGAUAGCAUGUCUAGAAGCUUGGGCCGAGCAGGAAUGUCUUGGCUAUCAUCUAUUCAUGAACCUUCACAAGCCAUACAUCGAAGCCCUCGCCAAGAGCAUAACCAAGACAAAGCAAGCAACACCUAAAGACGCCAGCGACGUCACAACCCCUGCCGAGCCACCGCGCCGCUCUUCACGGACGAGCGUUAGCAUUGAAGAGGGGACUGAGGAAGAGGCAGGGGAAGUUUCGGAGAAGGGCGAGACAGAGGAAGAGGAAAGUGAAUGCAAUCUUAUGUAACAUGGGGACAGUAUAGAUAAGGUACAAAUUAAAUUGGAUAGAGCACCUAUAUUGAUUUUAUGAGACUUGAAGACAUGUACAUUUAGUACAGAAAUAUUAUUUGAAUUGUAAUAAAAGGCAAAACAGUUGGAUGUUUUAUACCAUAUUUUAUUUGAUGUAUUUGUGACAUUCUUAUGAUACAAUAAAAAAUUAAUGGGUAAA